UGCAUUUCCUUUUUGCUCUUCCUUUGUGAGAAUUGCAUUAAGGAUUGCCCGCCGGCGAUUCAUUGAAGAGCCCUGUUCUUCAUCUUUUUCUCAAAUCCCAGUAGCGAUUUAAUCUUUUUUUCCAUUAUGAUUACUUCUUCUCUUCAAUGUCCCUUCACCUUCUUCUGUCUUCGCAUGCAUAUUUGUUCUUCUCCCCCGUUUCUGUAGUUUCUGUUUCCAUCCCAUUUUCCUCCCUGCUUUUCAAUCAAUCUUAGCCUGCUCUGCCCUCUAAAAUUUAAUAUUUUCCUUCACUUUCUCUGUGGUUUUCUAGGAAAUUAUUCCGGUUAUUCCUUAGAAUUCUGAGGGGUCCCCUUUUUCCUUGUGAUUUUUACUUCUGGGAAAUACCAUUGUUUUGGCUCUAGAUAUGGGGAAUUGUUGUAGUAACAAUGUUCCUCGUCCAUAUUCAAUGGAAAAAGAGGUGAAUGAGACAGAAUUUGAGCAUGGAGAGGACCAUAGUUCCAUUUCCACAUAUAGUGAAGGUGAAGGGCGAGUCAGGCUAAGAGGACACUCUAGGCUUGUGUCAAUGUACAGCCAGCAGGGAAGAAAAGGGGUCAAUCAAGAUGCAAUGACAGUUUGGGAGGACUUCAAUGGAGAAAAAGAUAUGAUCUUUUGUGGUGUGUUCGAUGGUCACGGUCCUUAUGGGCACGUGGUUGCUCGAUAUAUACGCAAACAUCUACCCUCAAAGCUUUCUGCAGCAAUCAAGAUGUCAAAGCAAAAGAUAUGCAUGUAUAAUGAUGCAAAUGCUGCUGCAGAAGGUGGAAAUCAUCAAACAUUGUCCCUUGCUUCAUGGGAGAACACCUUCUUGAAAUCCUUCAACGAGAUGGAUCAAGCCAUUGCUCAGGACAUUAACACCGACAGUUUUUACAGCGGUAGCACUGCUGUAACUGUAAUCAAACAGGGUGACCAGCUGAUAAUUGGCAAUUUGGGUGACUCUCGUGCGGUUCUUUGCACGAGAGGAGCUACAGAUCAACUCAUUCCUGUUCAACUUACUGUUGACUUGAAACCAGAUAUUCCAAGUGAAGCUGAAAGAAUCCGUAGCUGUGAAGGCAGAAUUUUCGCUGAAGAAGAAGAGCCUGAUGUGUACAGAAUGUGGAUGCCAGAAGAAGACUGCCCUGGACUGGCAAUGUCAAGAGCCUUUGGGGACUUCUGCUUAAAAGAUUAUGGCCUGAUCUCAGCUCCCGAUGUCUUCUAUCGCAGAUUAACGAAGCAGGAUGAAUUUGUGGUUCUGGCUACUGAUGGGGUUUGGGAUGCACUGACAAAUGAUGAAGUUAUAGAAAUAGUUGCUUCAGCACCAAGGCGGUCUAGAGCAGCGAGAUUGUUAGUGAAGAGAGCUGUGCAGGCAUGGAGGUAUAAAUUUCCUGGUGCCAUGGUUGAUGAUUGUGCAGCCAUAUGUUUGUUUCUGAAAGACCAACCAGACUCAACCAAAUCUGGGAAAAAUAGGCGCCGAAGGAAGAAUCACUAUGAAUCUGCUAGAAAUGAAGACACCACAAGCGUAGAUAGUUCAACGUCGAAGGAUGAAUGGGUAGCUCUUAAAGGGUUGUCCAGAGCCAACACUAUAUCGAAACUUACUGGCCUCAUCAGGGAUGUGAGCAGGAGGCAUCCAUCUGAGUUUCUUGAGGGUGUUCAAGUUCUCUAGUUCAGCCAUAAAUAGCCCCUCAAGACCAAUAACUCAGUUUCAGUGGAUUAGAGAGAGACCUUUUGGCAAGUUAUUAAUAGCCAAAGGUUGGGCCUCUAGUUGUAUUAUUAGGUUGAAAUAGAGGGGUUAAAAAGUGAGUUAAACAGAUAUAUACAUCAUAACAGCGGACAAUGUUUGCAUUUACUACUAGAGAGAAAUGAGAGCAACAAUAUUAAACCCAUAAUGCCUGUCAUCAGCUGUCAGACCUAUGUCAAAUAUAUAUAGCUCUAUAGUUUGUUUUGCCUGUUCUGAAUGGAGGAAUGCGAUACAAAUAUCAAUAACAUUUAUUUCAGCUCAAAA